UAUUGACGUUGAAAAUUUUUGUAAUGUAAUUUCGAACUCUUCUGUAAUAGUUCAAGUUUAGAAUCAAUCGACUCCUAAAUCAGUAUGUUGGGGUAUCUCCUGACUAUACUCGUGCCUCUUGUUUUAUGUUUAAGAAGCAAUGCGAAAGAGGCACCUUUUUUCCGUGGAAAUAGGGAUGUGUUUACAAAUCGUCCAAUUAUUGGUGUACUUUCUCAAGACUCAUCAGGCUUCAAAAAUCUGGGGAAACAUGGAAAGAGUUAUAUUGCAUCAUCUUACAUAAAGUAUCUUGAAGCAGCAGGGGCAAGAGUUGUGCCCAUAAGAAAUGAUCUUACGAAAAGUGAGCUGACCAAACUCUUCUACUCCAUAAAUGGGGUGUUAUUCCCUGGUGGUGGUAGAGAUCUGUUGUCCUCAAAGUAUGCUAAAGCAGGAAAGGUCUUGUUUGAUCUUGCUGUUAAGGCGAAUGAUGCAGGCGAUGUGUUCCCCUUGUGGGGAACGUGCCUUGGUUUUGAACUACUUUUUGUCCUCGCAUCAAAAGGGCAACACACCCCAGAAAAAUGUAAAGCAGAGAAUUAUGCAAUUCCCCUCAGAUUUCAGCCAGAUUCCAGGAAAAGCAGAAUGUUCCGAUACAUACCAGAGAAUAUCUUGAAAGAUAUGCGCACCAGAAAUAUGACCCUCAACAUGCACAAGUCCUGUAUCAGAAUGACAACCUUUAACAAGACCAAGUCCUUGAACACAUUUUUCCGUGUUUUAACAACGAACAGGGAUAUCGACCAAGAUGUUGACUUUGUAUCAACUGCUGAAGCGUACAAGUAUCCUUUUUAUGGAAGCCAGUGGCAUCCCGAAAAGAACCAGUUUGAAUGGACGCACCACGAAGACAUUCAUCACUCGUACCAGGCCGUCCGCGCGGCGCAGGCGCUAGCUGACUUCUUUGUUAACCAAGCUCGGAUGAGUCGACAUCACUUUAAAGACCCGCUUGAAGAAGGUCGCUCUUUGAUAUUCGAGUACAGACCCAGGUACUGUUACGAAGAGAUAACAAACUUUGACGAGUGUUAUUUUUUCUAGUGCCAGUUCAAUGUGAUAUACACUGUAAAUAAUGUAUUUCUAGCAUAGCGAAUGUCCAUGAAAUAAAGGAGUGACUAUACAUGUAAA